AUGGUGAACGAGCUCGACGGACCUGGCCCCUUCGGACCCGUUGUUAACGGAACACAAAUCGUGUUCUAUCAUUACCGUCCGAAUGGAGGGGCAGGAUGGGCGUUCCUCGUCAUUUUUGCGCUCGGUGCACUGGCUCAUCUUGGCAACAUGUUCUGGCUCAGAGCAUGGCAUUUCAUACCUUUUAUAGUAGGUGGCAUUGGAAUAAUAGGAGAAGCGUUUGGAUACUACGGACGUGCAAAAGCUCACGAGAACCCCAUUGUGGCUGGGCCCUACAUCUUACAAAAUCUCUUGAUUCUUGGAUCUCCGCCGCUUUUCGCCGCAACGAUCUACAUGAGUCUCGGCCGCAUCAUGAUCGCUCUCGACCUCCGGCGCCACGCUUUCGUGAGCCCACGUCUCACGGCCUUCUUCUAUGUCCUCAUUGACGUCGGCUGUUUUGUUACUCAGGUCUUUGGCGCCGUCAUGCCAGCCUCUGGUACGGAAGAGGGCAUCAGGAUGGGUAAGACCCUGAUCAUGUCCGGUCUUGCGGCCCAACUCGGCGUUAUCACCCUAUUUGUGCUUUCUUGCUGGCACUCUCACGCCUGUGCUCGACGCGAGGCAAACGACUUGAACGCGACAAAAGCGGGAAUCGAAUGGAGGAAGUACUACCUGAUGACGUACGGCAUUGCCUCUCUCAUGUUUCUGAGAAGUUUGAUCAGGGGAAUUGAGUAUUUUCAAGGCGAGAAUGGGUACAUCAUGAGCCAUGAGAUCUUCUUAUACCUCUUUGAUGCCGUUCCUAUGGUCACGAUUAUGGGGAUGUAUCUUUGGAUUCACCCUGGGAGGUUGGUUCGCGAUGUUGGCCGGGUCAAAAGUUACACUUGGCCUGAUGAGGCCAAUAUCAUGCUUGAGAGACGAUAA